CAGCCCUGCAGCCCUGGACAGCCACCAUAUCCCCAUCAGGGAAGAGCCCAACUGUGCAGACAGCUCAAGGGGCCGGUGUCAAGGAGAGGAGGAUGAACAGAAAGAGGGAUCGGUGUGAGGCCACCCUGUGGGCUGGGACCAUGUGCCCACUCUGCCCUCACUUGCCAGGUGAGGACAGAGAAGCCUGCGUGGGCCAGCGCCUCGCCCAGCCGCGCCUGUGCGGAUCCCCGCCGCGAGCUCCUCCCGCCUCUCUAAGGACCACCGCUGCCGCCUACCUGUGCGAGCUGAGCGCGCAGCGCCGCGAGCUCCCCCUGCAGACGCGACCGAUCGGUGCGCAGUGCCGCCGUCUGCUCCUGCAGGACGCGCGUCUCUGCCUGCGCCUCGGCCGCCUCCUGCCCCCCGCUGAGCUGCUGCGGCCGCCAAAGCACCUGGGCCGGAGAUGCUGGGCGUGGGCCAGGGAUUGGGAGGGCCCGAGUUUCUGAGAGCAGGGUCGUUCCAUCUAAGGCUGGCUCUGGCCUCAGCUUAUUUUCUCCUAAACGGCGUGUCCACAGCUGACUCCUCUGUUGUAGGGGUGCUUACUGACGGCAAGAAAUCCAGCCCCUGACUCCCUGUGGGCCCCUCCAGCCUCAGUUUCCCCAUCUGUCAGCUGGGGACUGGAUGGUGCCUGGGUCUCUGCAGGCCUGCACACUUGCCUCCAGCAUCUUUCUAGGCCUCCCUUCAUGCUGAGGGGCUGAUUCUGCAAAGGACCACAGGGCCUCGUCCCUGUAGGCCUGUUCACCGCCUCCUGGUGACAGCGUGCCCUGCCCUCCUGGGCACCCUCACCUGUCGCAGGGGUUCCAGCGAUCCCUCAGCCUCCUGGCACCUGUGCUCCAAGUUGGUGAGCUGCUCCUCCAGCAGCUUCCCCUUCUUGGCCAGGUCUUGAUUGUGCCUCCUGCUCUCAUCAAGGGCCUGGUGCAGCGUGUCCAGUUGCUCCUGGGGGAAGGAGACACAGGGCCCACCUGGAGACAGUGGGGGUGGGAGGCCCUGCAGUGAAACUCUCACCUCAGGGCAUCUGCCUAGACUGUCUGGCAGGACCAUAUCACUGGGAUGAAAACAGCAAGAACGUGGUUAAGAACAACCUGAAGUGUGUUGAUCAGGCGGUUGUGUUUGCAAUGUAAACCAAAGGUGUGGACCCCCAGGAAGCCUGAGAUGAAAGUCCUGGGGGUCUGGUCCAGCAUGGGCAAAGGUUCAGGCUUGGCAGGUUCUCUGCUGCAGCCAGUGGUCUCAGAGGGCACAUCAGUGGCAUCCCUGCCCUGCCUCCAGCUUUGGUGACUCCUACUGCCCUUGGGAUAAAGCCUGAGGUGACCCUCCCCAAGGCUCCUGGAGCAUGUUCGGCUCAGGCCCUGCUUGCCCCUUCUGCCAUCACACUGUGUGUUCUCCUGCUUCGGCUCCCAUCUGGGGACAUGGCUAGUCCCAUACUGAGCUCAGGAUCUCCAGAGCCCAUGAAGGUGGGAUGGCCCAUGAUCCCCGCUGUGUCCCUCACCCCUGUGCCCUCUUCUCAGCCCCUCUGCCAUCAGCCUGUCCAAACCACCAUUAUCCACUUGGGACCAGUGACAACACUUCAGUUUCCUCACUGUCCCCAGGUGCUACCCCAUGACGGCUGAGGGUGCAUUUCACUUGAAUAUCAUCGGCCAUGCCACUGCCUUGCUCUGGGCCUGUGGUGCUCUCAGCUGCCCCCAGGACACUGCCCGGGGAACUCACCACCACUUCAACCACGUGCACCUGCUGCCCUCUGUGCAUAGCCUUCCCCGUGGCGCCCCCAUCCUACACUGCCACCUUCUCCUCCUGCUUGCAGGAAUCCCACCUCCCUGUCACCCCAGGAGGGAGGAUGGCACCCGUGAGGUCCCCUGAGCCCCAGAGCUGGCAGCUGUUGGGCCUUGAGAGGCCCCCAGACGUGUGAAGGAGCUUGCAAGGCGUCUGUCACUGGAAGCUUGUUGACUGCAAGUUGGCCUGAUCAGGUCUUGAUGAGCCCCCACCCUCGCACCUUCCUGAGGGUUUUGUGGGAGAAAUGGCUAGCUCCUUCUGGGGUGGCUGGACUCUGAAAACACUUUUUUUUUUUGGUCCAACACUUUGUUACUUUAAAAAAGGAAAAGAAGGAAGACAAUGCUUGCACCUCAGGUUGUGAUGCGUCACCCUCUGUGCAAUUUUGAAAAUUAUAAUUUUCUAUAUAAUUUUCCAGUAGAAAAGCAGAAGUUUUCUUCAAAUAUGGCUUAAAUAUUUCAUGGCAGUUGUAAGAGGUCCCAAACCUCUUGUAAUGACUCAGCUUUUAUGGAAUUUGAAUGAACCGUAAUAAUUG